GUCUUCAGUGCAGCGUUCUAAGUGGAUUCAAUGUGGGUGGGCGGCAAGAAAACCAAACGACAAAGAAUGCCGGUAGUCGCUGCAUACGGUCGUGUACAACGCCGUAACGUUCACAGGCAAAACAUGUUUUGUUUUUUUCUCUCCAAAUGUUCUGUAUGGAUAGAAAACGCCUUGGCGUUGUAUAAAAAGUAAACAUGAAAAUCGGUUGAGAAAUUAGCAAUUUACGACUUAAUUUCAAGGUCUCAAUAAUUGCCUUUGACGGGAACAUCGACCUCUCCAAUAUGGCCGCCAUGGUGGAACGUUGGUUAGCCGUGCUGCUCACUGCGCUGGCGUAUUCAUUGCAGCUUCUUAGCUAUGAGUGCCUACGUCUGUGAAUCAACGUUUCACGUGUGACUGACAGCUUUUAAAAUUGGCUGUGAACUCCCUUUUCAUUUAAGCAUACAAGCUCCACUACAGAAAUGCAGGUUGACGGAGGAGAGGAGAAGACUGCCAUGCAAGGAGCAGCAGCAGCAGCUCCUGCGGCAGCCACUGUAAAGCCAGUGUGGGCUUUGCUUGAAGAAGCGGGGCAAAUGAAGACAGAAGGGAACGCUUUCUACCGGGAAAAGAACAUCCGCGCAGCUGUUGGCCGUUAUCACCGUGCUCUUUUGGUCCUUCGAAGCCUCAAUUCUGAAGUGCCGUUGACUUUGAAAGGAUUUGGACCUGAGAGGCCAGCUCUCACAUCUGAACAAGAGACAUUCCUCAGAAACACAGAAGUGGACUGCUUCAACAACCUAGCUGCAUGUUUGCUGCAGAAAGAGAAUGUGGACUACGUCCGUGUCCAGGAGUACAGCCUGCGAGUGUUGGAGAAGCGACCAGCUGACGCCAAAGCACUGUACAGGGUUGGCGUGGCUACAUUGGAGCUGGGAGAUGCACAGAAAGCCAAGCAUUACCUGACACAGGCCUGCAAGAUGCAGCCUAACGAUGCCAACGUGAGGAGGUACCUGCAGAUUGUUGAGGAGAAGCUGAGCCAUGAGUUACUCCAGGAAAAGGCCAUGUACCGAGGCAUGUUUUCUUCCAGCAAGAGCAGUGUUGGAGAAUAGGUUAACUCGACUGACGGCUGCCUUAUUCCACCGAAUUCAGAUGACGCCUCAUCCGAGACCAAUAACUUUGUUCAAGCUGAACGGAUGGCAGACCACCUUAAUGUUCUGAAAUGAAAGCCUGAACCACUGGUGUCUUAUUUGUUUCAGAGGUGAGUGAGGGACAGCAGUUAUCAAAGGUUUGGAUAGACUUUAUCAUACUAUUGAAUGAGAAACUGUGUCCAAACCUUUGACUUGUAUUGAAUGUUAACCAUAAAAAAAUUAGGUCUCAGCAAGUUAAAACGAGAAAUGGUGUUUCCUAGCAACAUGGAGAUCGUAUAUCAAGAUCUGAAUAUCCGACAUGAUCACAUAGGUGCCUCUGAAACCGAAGACUUUGUCGUCUUUGUGCAUUUUCAACCACAUCGUUUUGUUUUAUAAAUUCUACAGGGCCUAUCAACCCAGUUUUAAUGUAUCUGAUGUAUGCCUUUGUAUUUAUGACACAGUGGCUGUUUAGUUUGAGAUUUUAUUUAUUGUGAAGUCACACUCAAUAAUUAUUUCAAAAUCCUGAGCACAUUCAAGAUAAAAUGUUUUGUUUUGGUCAACAUUUGUCCAGUAUGAUUGUACUUCAGAGGCUGGAUUGCCAAUAAUAAUAAUAAUAAAAAAAAGAAUGUUCUCACAAUAACUGAUCACUGAACUUGUCACAGAGGAGCAUGCAUAAGAGUGCAUACAAAUAAAUUCAUAAGUUACAGCAUUCAAGUCGCUGAUAUGAGUAUAUUCACUGUCUUACUAUUACUGUAGCUACUUUUACCCAGAGUCGUGCUCUACAAAACCUCACAGAAAUGCACGUUUAUAUGGAUCUUUGUGUCAUCAGAUGCUGAUAGUUUACAUUCUCUUUUGUACACUUCCGGCGCUCUCCUAAAGAGAUUCAGUGCAGUCAAGUUCCCUAGCCAUCUAUUUAGGUUUCAAGCCCCUUUGGAAGUAAUACAUUUUAUGGAUGUGCCUGAGAUGAACUCUCCAGCUAAUGUGUGGUUGUUGAGAGAACCUGUAUUCAGUAUCUCCAGUUCAAAAGCACUACUUUUUAAAUUUUACAGUUUUAACAUCAGUCAGCUGAAACAUCACUUCUUUGAUGGUUUCUGUUUGAGGCUUAAGGACCUCAUGGAGCCAAAAACUCGCCUCCCCAAGUCCCUCAGGGAUCGAGAACGCUGGAGGGGCAGUCUUGGUGGUGGGGAUGGAGAGAAGGAGGGAGAGGAAAGAGGAGUGAGGGAGUGACUGCUGCUCUCGAAGCUCUGAGAGCAGGAGAGGUUAAAGAGGCUUGCAGUGGACGAGAGGUGCUUGUCCUCAUUUGAGCUCAGCAGUCUAGCACCCUCAUCCCUGCCCGCAGUCAUGGCACUUUGCCCCACAUCGAAAGAGGAAACCCAGUUUGACUGUCUUGUGGGCUUAUCUUGGUUGUGAGGCACUAGCAAGCCCUGAGACUCACUCCUGAACAGAGACCUCCUGGACAUCCUGACACUGGAGCUCCUUUUCUCUCCACCCUCCUUCCCCCUCUUCUUGGUGAAAACAGGUGAGCUUUCUACCUUUGGCCUCUUGUCUUUAGCGCAAGGUGCCACCUUCACCCUUCUCUGUUCCCCCCUCCAGCUUCCACCGAUGGUCCUUGUCCAUCCGUAGCCAUACUCUGCCCUAUCCAUCUCCUCCCUCUGAGUGUCUUUUCCCCAGAGGCGACCCUCAAAAGCUCUGCUAAGUUUGUUGGUCUUUCUGCAUGAUGGUGUCUCCUCAUCCUCACACCAAGCAGAGCCAUAUUCCUCCCUCUUGGCAUAGCUGCUCACAGUCGCUGCCCUGAUCAGCAUGUGAGACCCAUGCUUGCCUCUGUAAAGCCCAUCCCCCUCCACCCUAUUCCAGCUCCCACCAGACUCACUUCCUCCCCCAGUGUGUCGAAGGGACCCACUCCUGGGAUGGAUGCCACAAUACUCCGCAGAUGUCCUGGUGGUAGCGCGGGGAAGCGAACACUGGAAAGGGGCGUCUCUUCGGAAAACUGAGAGAGGGGUCGCUCCCAUUGGAGAGGGUUGGAGAGGACGUGGAGGAGAGUGGGCUCUUUGCACAG